CGAUGAUUCGAUUCCCGAGCCUAGUAUACGUAGGGCAAGCGUUCUUCGAUACCUCUCGUGGGCCACGCAUCUCGCGGUAGUAGUUUCGCUCAUUGCUUUGUACUCUGGUGGUUACCGUUUGACCAAGCCAGUCAGCAAAUCCGAACAGGUACCUGACGAUGUCAGCUACAGGAGAUUAUAUUGCAAGUAUGACUGCCUAAGUUGUUGAGCGAGGAUGCUGACCAAGAAAGCCCCAAUAUGGGAAGCAGUCCAGUACCAGAAGAAAGUCUUCUACGCAGGCCAUAAUGGUUCCUCUCCAUACAUGGGACUACCGAGUCCAGGUCUUGACGAAGCUUGGGCCAAUAUAACUGAGGGUCAUCUCAUACUCAUAAACAGCACCGGCGUCGAAGCUCUUGGAUUUUCGACGACGAAUGCAACUAAUGUCGAUGGGCUAUAUUUCGCAGUCCCUGAGUAUUAUCACCAAAUGCACUGCCUCGACAAUAUCCGAAAAUAUAUCUUCCGCGAUUCCUACCCAGACUUUUUACCUUUCCAUGGAACAGACGAGCAAGUUUGGGGACAUGUCGAUCAUUGCAUUGACCUGCUUCGUCAAAGAAUCAUGUGUACUGCCGAUGUGGGCCUCAUCAUAUAUUACUGGGAAGGGCCUGAGCGCAUUCCCAAGGCGAACUUUGCUACGGAGCACAUGUGCAGAAAUUUGGACGCCAUAGAUGGAUGGGUACGGGAUCAUUCUUGGGAGGAAGGAAAGCAAUUGAAAGAUCUGGUGUAUCCACAGCAAAGACAUGCAGGAACUUAGAACGACAGGGUCUGAGUUGGUAGGAAGAGAAGAUUAAGCUUGAUACGACGGAAAGGAAGGCCAUGCGUCGAGAGAGUGUGAGAAGACGUUAUUAGCUAUACGCACGGCUAGAUUCCCGAGGUGGCUUAACUAGAUCUGAG